CUCAGCUCCUUUCCCUACGCCGGUUACAUCACCAGAUCGCACAAACCUCCGAGGAAGACCGGGACCCCUGCCCGUCGUCGUCCGUUCCAAACCGCUGCCAUGGCGUCCAACUCGACUUGGGGCUCCUCCUCGUCGUCUGAUCAGUGGACGCGGCAGGAGGACAAGAUGUUCGAGCGCGCCCUGGCGGUGUACGACACGGACACCCCAGACCGAUGGCACAACGUGGCGCGCUACAUGGGCGGCACCAGGUCCAUCGAGGAGUUGCGCCGCCGCUACCAGCUGCUCGUCCGGGACGUCGCACAGAUCGAGUCCGACGGCGUGCCGUUCCACUGGUACGCCGCCGCACCGCCGCCGUCGAGACUGCAGCGAGGUUGAAGUAUCUGAGCUAGCUUCAAUGAAGAAAAGGAUUGAACAGCGGCUAUCUGUGCUCCUCGAAGAAAAUUUAUAAAUUAUGCAUGUAAAUGUGCAUGUGUGCGUUGAAUGGAAAAUGGUAAAGCUAGCUAGGAUAUCGAGGUUAAUGUCCGGCCGCUCUGCUGGUCUUUGAUCUCGAUCGUGUACCAAGUUCAGCUUUUGAUCCAUGCAUGGUCUAUGGAGUGAUGAUAUGAAUGUUUCAUAUAUGUUC